UCAUGGGUGUUGGGAGUAAUGGGUAUAUUGGGAGUACUGAGUGUAUUGGGAGUAAUGGGUGUAUUGGGAGUACUGGGUGUACUGGGAGUACUGGGUGUAUUGGGAGUACUGGGUAUACUUGGAGUACUGGGUGUAUUGGGAGUAUUGUGUAUAUUGGGAGUACUGGGUAUAUUGGGAGUAUUGGGUAUAUUGGGAGUAUUGGGUAUAUUGGGAGUACAGGGUAUAUUGGGAGUACUGGGUUUAUUGGGAGUACUGGGUAUAUUGGGAGUAUUGGGUGUACUGGGAGUACUGGGUGUAUUGGGAGUAACGGGUGUAUUGGGAGUAAUGGGUAUAUUGGGAGUAACGGGUAUAUUGGGAGUACUGGGUGUAUCGGGGGUAAUGGGUGUAUUGGGAGUAACGGGUAUAUUGGGAGUACUGAGUGUAUUGGGAGUAAUGGGUGUACUGGGAGUACUGAGUGUAUUGGGAGUAACGGGUGUAUUGGGAGUAAUGGGUAUAUUGGGAGUAACGAGUAUAUUGGGAGUACUGGGUGUAUUGGGAGUAAUGGGUGUAUUGGGAGUAACGGGUAUAUUGGGAGUACUGAGUGUAUUGGGAGUAAUGGGUGUACUGGGAGUAUUGAGUGUAUUGGGAGUAACGGGUGUAUUGGGAGUAAUGGGUGUAUUGGGAGUAACGGGUAUAUUGGGAGUACUGAGUGUAUUGGGAGUACUGAGUGUACUGGGAGUACUGAGUGUAUUGGGAGUACUGGGUGUAUUGGGAGUACUAUGUUUAUCGGGAGUACUGGGAGUAUUGAGUGUAUUGAGAAUACUGGGUAUAUUGGGAGUACUGGGUGUGUUGGGAGUACUGAGCGUACUGAGAGUACUGGGUGUAUUGGGAGUACUGGGAGUACUGGGUGUAUUGAGAAUACUGGGUGUAUUGGGAGUUCUGAGUGUGUUGGACGUGCUGGGUGUAUUUGGAGAACUGUAUAUAUUAGGAGUACUUGGUGUAUUGAGUACUCGCUGUAUUAUGAGUUCUGGGUAUUUUGGAAUUUCUGGGUGUAUUGGGAGUACUGG